AGAAACCAAAUGAAGCUUGACCAUCACGCUUCUUUCAGAAAACUGCCUAUAAAAAUCAUGCUUUUACUCUCUCUCUCCUCCCCUUUCCGCUGCUCCUCCACAAGAAAUCCUCUAAACUCCGAUGAAUGGGAGACCCUAAAGCGCCGUCGUCGCCGUCUGCAUUACCGCCUGGUUGCCGAUUUUACCCGUCGGAGGAGCAACUCCUCUCCUACUACCUCCGCCGCAAGAACCACCACGAUUCGUUACCAUUACAAUCGUCGUCUUCUAAUUCUACUCCUUCAACGUCAAAUGCUGAUUUCUACGACGCAAUUAAGGAGAUCAAUCUUUACAAUUUCAACCCCUUUGAGCUUCCAGAAUUGACUUGUUUUAGCUUCGGGUAUAGGGGGAGGAAGCGGCAUUGGUAUUGCUACACAGAGAGGGUUAAUGGUGGCAUGGAGGAGAGAGAAAUUCGAAGGAGGGCUGGGUUUGGUUUUUGGAAGAGGAAAGGUAGGGUUAGGGAUGUUAUGGGAAAUGGCGGUAAUGUUAUUUUGGGUAGGAGGAAAUGCUUCAUUUUCUAUUUGGAGAAAUUGAGUGGUAGAACUGCUGUUAGGACUGAUUGGUUUAUGUAUGAGUAUGCCCUGAUCGACAGUGUUAAGGCCUCGUUUGUUGUGUGCCGAGUAUUUGUCAAAUCACGUGCUCCAAAAAGCAUUUCGGAGCAUGCUUUAAGUUCGUGUGCUGAAGCAAGUAUUACAACUGUACGUCAUAUUGGUAUUCAACACGAUGGAAGCACUCUAUCUGCUCUGGACGGAGAUAAAGCUCAUGGAUGCUACUAUCUUAAUGGUAAGAUUGCGGGUCAACCAACAGAUUUGAUUGAAGAGACAGAGCUCAACAUUCCGGUGAAAUUACCAGAUCAUGUUGACAGUGCUGACUUGUUGGUCAACUCUUUGACUCCUCGGCAUUUAGUAUCUAUCCUAGAAGGAGAUUUUAUAGAGUUGGAUGAUCUUCUCUGACAAGGCUGCAAUAUUGGAUUAUACGAGAUGAAACAAGUCAUCACACUAGUAAAUUUUGUUCAAGGAAAUUGAAAGUGUUGAUUUUCAAAUUUCAACCCUUCACAUUAUGCUGCUACUUGAAUUUCAAACAUUUGAGAUUGGUAUAGUCCGCAUUGAUGAACUCCAUCGUGGUAUUGCGGAAUUCAACCCCUGUAAACAACAGUAUAGAGUUGGUACUAUGUCCAAAUUAUCUAGGGAACAUUAUUAUCAAAAGCCAAGUCCGACAAUGUUGUGGCAGGAUGUGGCUACCUGUUAAAGAUUUUCUCUAUUCCCUUUGACAGGAAUCAUGGCACAUGCUAAUCGGGGUAUUACUCCCAAAUUUCCAAUUGUGGAGGAUCUUUCCUUGACGAAGCUUCUCAUUCGUCAAUGUACACUUUAGUUAAAUUUGUACUAGCUGCAGGUGGAAAUGCUUUUGAAAGUGAUAUUUAAAUUAAGCUUGGAUGGAAUUCACUUGUAAAAUUCAGCUUUCCAGUCUUAGUUGCCUAUGAGUUUAUUGUUUUAAGUGGCUUUGCUUGUAAGGCUCCAGUUGUGUGUUGGUUCUUCCUAGAAUUAUGGCAAUAGCUCUUCGCUGGAAUUUAUCACAAAUGCAUUCUAGAGUAAAUUAAUUUCUUUCUAUUA